AUCCCACAAAACCUAAUCUCCUCUUUAAACUACGUUGAUCAGAUGAGAGUUAACACACUAUAAAGAGAGAAGUAAAGUAAAGCUAUGGAUUUGUCUUCAAAACACAAACAAACAUUAACAAACUCUCCCGUCGCCGGAGAACUAACCAUAGGCGGAGAAAUGGGUGUCUGUUACAAAGAGUGUCUGAAAAACCACGCGGCUAACCUCGGCGGCCACGCGCUCGACGGCUGCGGCGAGUUCAUGCCAACCCCUACCGCAACUCCCACCGACCCUUCCUCUCUCCGCUGCGCCGCUUGUGGCUGCCACCGUAAUUUCCACCGCCGUGACCCUUCCGACCAUCUCAACUUCCUCCCUUCGCAUCCCACUUCCUCUCCCUCCGGAACAGAAUCUCCACCGUCUCAGUCGCUUCACCACGUGGCUUCCCCUGUUCCUUGCUCUUACUACACUUCAGCUCCACAUCACAUGCUUCUCUCUCUCAGCUCCGGUUUCCCUGGACCGGCAGAUCAAGAUCCGACGGCGGUAAGAUCGGAGAACAGCUCAAAAGGAGGAAUGAGGAAGCGGACGAGGACCAAGUUCACGGCGGAGCAGAAGAUUAAGAUGAGAGCCUUCGCCGAGAAAGCGGGGUGGAAGAUCAACGGCUGUGAUGAGAAGUCGGUGAGAGAGUUCUGUAGCGAGAAUGGGAUCGAGAGAGGAGUUCUUAAAGUGUGGAUGCAUAAUAAUAAGUAUUCACUUCUCAACGGGAAGAACAGAGAGACCUUGUCUAUGGAGGAUCAUCCUCGUCUUUGUCUGAACACUCAGAGCUGUAAUAAUGGUGGUGAAGAUGGAGACAACGUUGGUGGGUCAUCGUCUUCUUGACGCUAAUUACCAUACUUAAAUUCGGGGAAUAUUAAAGUUAUGAGCAUUAACCGUUUAAAUCUUAUAAUAGUAAGUUCUAACGUGUAAUCGUCAUCGAGAUAUAUGCAGUUUUAAAUGUUAUUGAAGUUGUAUGA